CGCGUCUGCAGUUACCGCUGUGCUCCUCCUCUAGGUAGGCCCUGCGUGAGCGAUCGGCCACCCGGGACUCCUCCCAGCAGCAGGUCCGCUGUCCGCCGCGACCACGCCCCUCCGCGCCCUGGGCCCUGACUGCUCCUGCGCCCCGCGGGUGCGGUCCCGGGAGAAGGGGCCAGGCGCCCACCCUCCUGCAGGUGGAGCGGGGUGGAGGCUCUUCCCGACCCCAGCCGCAGGACGCCAGGACCAGCGAGAUUCAUAGAAUCAAUUAUGGGCGUGAGAGGUUUACAGGGUUUUGUGGGAAGUACCUGCCCACAUAUAUGUACAGUAGUAAAUAUCCAAGAGCUGGCUGAGCGCCACAGAAACAAGUACCCUGGAUGUCCCCCUACCAUUGUGGUGGAUGCCAUGUGCUGUCUACGAUACUGGUACACACCAGAAUCCUGGAUCUGCGGUGGCCAGUGGCGAGAAUACUUUUCUGCCUUGAGAGAUUUUGUAGCCGCCUUCACAUCUGCCGGCAUCAAGUUGAUAUUCUUCUUUGAUGGCAUGGUGGAGCCAGGUAAGAGAGAUGAGUGGGUAAAGCGAAGACUUAAAAACAACAGGGAGAUAUCCAAGAUUUUCCACUAUAUCAAGUCAAAGCGAGAUCAGCCGGGCAGGAACAUGUUCUUCAUUCCCUCCGGGCUAGCCAUAUUUACACGGUUCGCUCUGAAGUCCUUGGGCCAGGAAACCUUCUGUUCAUUACAGGAGGCAGACUAUGAGGUGGCCUCCUAUGGUCUCCAGCACAACUGUCUUGGGAUCCUUGGGGAAGACACUGAUUACUUGAUUUAUGACACUUGUCCCUACUUUUCAAUUGGUGAUCUCUGCCUGGAGACUCUGGAAACCAUCAUGCUCUGUCGAGACAAGCUCUGUGAGAGUCUGGGCCUCCAUGUGGCAGACCUUCCUCUGCUGGCCUGUCUGCUCGGCAACGACAUCACCCCAGAGGGCAUGUUUGAAAGCUUCCGGUACAAGUGCUUGUCCUCCUAUGCCUCUGUGAAAGAGAAUGCUGGCAAAAAAGGAAAUAUUAUCUUAGCUGUUUCAGACUAUAUCUCCAAAGUUCUUCACUUGCAUCAAGGUGAGAAAAAGAUAGAAGAGAUGUUACCCUUGGGACCAAACAAAGCUCUUUUUUAUAAAGGAGUGGCAUCCUAUCUUUUGCCAGGGCAGAAAUCUCCAUGGUUAGUUCAGAAACCCAAAGGCACAAUGGCAGACAAGCGAGUGGGGAGUUUAAACCCUGAAUCUAAGCAAGAAGUUCCUAUGUGUGUAGAUCCUGAGUCCAAGCAAGAAGUUUCUGUGUGUAGUGAUCCCGAGUCCAUGCAAGAAGUUCCCAUGUGUAUGGAUCCUGAAUCCAACCAAGAAGCUUCCAUGUGCACAGAUCCUGAAUCCAAACAAGUUCCCAUGUGCACAGAUCCUGAAUCCAAACCAGAAGUUCCCAUGUGCACAGAUCCUGAAUCCAAGCAAGAAGCUUCCAUAUAUGCAUAUCCAGAGGUCAAGCAAAAAUUACCUCCAGAAACAGAGGCUGAAUUUAAUCUAGAAGUACUCAUGUGUACACACCCUGAAAUUAAACAAGAAGACGCCAUGGAUAUGGAGCCUGAAAUUAAACAAGUAACCAUGGUUUCAGACUCCGAAAUCUUAAAGGUUGCCAAGAUGAAUCAUGUCCACUCAGAAAGCUACCUAGUGUACAACAUUAUGAGCAGUGGAGAGAUUGAGUGCAGCAACACCCUGGAGGAUGAGCUGGACCAAGCCCUACCCAGCCAAGCCUUCAUCUACCGCCCAGUCCGGCAGCGUGUGUACUGGCUUUUACUUGGGGACUGGAAAGAUGGAGCCAACACCGGCCCGGUGGUCAAGGAGUGGUUUGUGUACCCUGGGAACCCCCUGAAGCAGCCAGACCUUGUUAGGCCUCUGCAGAUGACUGUUCAAGGGGGAACACCUAGUUUGGAAGUUUUGUGGCUGAGCCAAGAGCCAGCAGCACAGGCCCGGCGCCUAGACACAUUGCUAGCCUGCUUCAACCUCUCCUCCUCCAGAGAAGAGCUGCAGGCCGUUGAGAGUCCGUUGAGAGCACUGUGCUGCCUCCUAAUCUACCUCUUUGUCCAGGUGGACACUCUUUCCCUGGAAGAUCUACACGCGUUUAUUGCUCAGGCCUUGUGCCUCCAAGGAAAAUCAACCUCACAGCUUAUGAACUUACAGGGGGCAGACAGUAUGAGCAUGACCAGUGGAGACGAUACUAGACAUCUCGCAGAAAGUGUGGGAAGAGGAUGCAGGGCCCAGGCUCCACCCUCAUCCAGAGUAAUGUCACCCAGUCUCACCAGCAAGGCGAUGGCAACUGGAACCACACUUCAAAGGAAGGAAAAAUUACCUUUCAGAGGUUUCUCCCACAUGUAUUGUAAAAACGCCCAUUGGUUUGGUUUCAAAGGUUGCUCCUGACUCCAUGACCCACAACACCAUCACUAACAUCACAUGCUUUCCCGAUCUUAGCAGGACUCUAGAUUGUGAAAAUGUUUUCCCAAAUCAUUAGUCUUUGAAAUCAUGGAGUCUUAGUUACUUUUCUAUUACUGUGAAAAGACACCAUGACCAAAGCAACUUAUAAAAGGAAGCAUCUGACGUGGGGCUCAAGGUUCCAGAGGGUAGCAGAGUCCAUGACCAUCAUGUCAGAGAGCAUGGCGGCAGGCAGGCUAAUGAACACUUACUAACUGGGAACAGCUCCGGGUUUUGAAACUUCAAAGCCCACCACAUUGACACACCCCCUCCAGCAAGGCCACGCCUUCUCCAGCAAGGCCACACCCCUCCAGCAAGGCCACGCCUCCUCCAGCAUGACCACACCUAAUCCUUUCCACCAACUGGAGAACAAGCAUUCAAACAUAUUAGCCUGUGCGGGUCAUUCUCAUUCAGUCCAUGACACAUGAAAUCUAAUAGCCAUACAACCUGUCAGAAAUUACUUUUUCAUUAGAAAUUCUAACAGAAGUCAAUUGUCUAACUACUUCUUUUCUUGAUCCUCAGAAGUGUUUGGAUAGAAAAAAUAAACUAAACUCUUGCUUGCUUAUGGGAAA